AUGUGGUGGCCAAUGGCUGUGACUGGAUCUGCUAUCCUAGUUGCUCUCGGAGUAUUCAUAUUCCUGAUUAUCAAAAAACCCUUCCUGCAAACCCCGAAUUAUACGAAGAAGAAGAAAAGAUUGACUAAAAGGAAAUGUUUUGGCUAUGGAUUUAUUGUGACUUCUGUGCUUCUUCUCUUUGCAUUUGUGGCUAUUUGUGUUUUGCAGUAUUUUUCGAUUGUUGGUGGUGAAGAGAUGAGUUUGAAGGAAAUGGAUGAAAUUGUUGAAGGUUGGUUUGAAAGAUCAAUGAAAUUGAUGUCAAUCAAAAUUAUUUGCAGAUUCGGAAACCGCAAUUAAAGCUGCCAAACAGAGUUCAUCUCAAUUGGAUUUCUCGGUAUAUGAUUCUGUGAUAAGCAAUUUUCUGAACAGUGAAAACAUUGAGAAUUAUCUCAAACAACAAACGGUUACAUUUGAAGGGGUAAGAUUAUCAAUACUCGAGUUUGAUUAUAUCUAAUUCAAAACGUCCUUAUUCAUUCACCCAAUAUCAUUUUUCAGGCGCUCACAGCUUUGAAAGGAUAUAUUAAAAUGCACAAAGUAUCUGACUUAAUCUCAAAGUAUGACACAAUAUUAGAAAAGUCUUCUUCAAAGACCGGUUGCCCUAAUGUUUUUUCGAAGCUUGAACUCAACCCUGUUUGGGUGCACUUUUUACCAUACACAGCAGAUGCUCAAAAAUACAUGGACAACAACAAAGAAGUGACAAUCAAAACAGGUUUGGAUGAUAUCAAUACUGAAAAAAAGCAAAAACUCAUCAACGAAAAAACAAAGCUGACGAGUUUUGCCAACGAUAUUGUGGUAAGCUAUUCAACAAGUUAUCCUCAUUAAAAUUUAUUUUUUCUCCAGUUGGCGCUUGAAAAAUGGAAGAAAUCACUGGAAGUUUUGAGAACUUGGUUGAAAACGCGAGUAACAAAAGGAGAAGUGGGUGAUUUUCUUGUAUUCCUAGUCACAAAAAUCAGAGAAUUAGUAGCACAUUCAAAAUUUUGUUGUGUCAUUGAACUGUAUGAAAAAGAUAAAAUUGUAAAUACAGUGCGUUUCACAAGUAUAGGUCCACCCCUGAAAUGUCUCAAAAUGAUCGUAAAAAUAAUUUUCAAGUUGUAGCCCUUCAUUUUUCGAAAAAAGUACGUAAAAUUAGGUAUGUUUACCGAAUUUUAUCCUACUUGAACAUGUUUUUGAUUUUAUAUUUGAGAAAAAUUGAAAAUUGGCUAUUUUCUGUGUUUCAAAAGUAUAGGUCCACCUAUAUCAACUAUGAAAUGAUGAUUCCUAACCUGGUUUUUUGUUGUUUAUUUUUUAGUUAGAAUUGCCCCAAGCCUAAUUAAAGCAUAUUCAACAAAUGCAGUUUUCCAUUUCUGGGUUUCUGGAGCCAUUCCUGGUGAUCAGACCCACUUUGCUCUGUUUAUCAGACAACAUGGUUCAUUAUCCAUUCAUUUUCUAUUGAGAUCAUGUCAGAAGUAACUGAAAACCUCUUUAAUGUCGUAUUUCUUAGUUUUCCAUUCAAUAAAACUCAAUUCAUCAAAAAUGGAGAUCAUUUCAGACCGAAAAAUGUCAGUUAUUGUUUCAAAAUUCUGAAAAUUUCAAGAUUUUCCAAUGAAUACACCCAAGUUCAUCCAUUUUUAUUCCGUUUUUGUGACUGGAAUAUGACUGCUAUGUCUCCACAUGAUUCAAAAUAUCACCGAGAAUUUCAUAGAACUCAAAAAACACUUUCUGUGAUGCUAUCAAGCUUAUGGAACAAAGUUCCGAAAUUUCAAAAAAACUCAAAAAAUAUUUUAAUGUUCUGAAACAUGAAAAAUGUUUUUUAAAGUUGUUUUUUUGAACUUCAAUAGUUGUAAACAAUGUUUCUGAACUGAUCUGAGGUAUGUUUUUCAUAAAAAAUCGUUUCAAGAAUAAUAAUAUGAAAAUUCAGUUGUUCAUAAAAAUUUCGGAAUGCUACAAGUCCUGUUUUUCGCACAAUCACGAUAGGAAGUCAAGAUUUGUUUAUUUCAAAAUUAUGGAACCAAUUUAAUCGAUCAUAGAAACCGUGUUAACAGAUAAUACAUGAAGUUUUGUGACACAACUUGGGUGUAUUCACUGGAAAAUCUUGAAAUUUUCAGAAUUUUGAAACAAUAACUGACAUUUUUCGGUCUGAAAUGAUCUCCAUUUUUGAUGAAUUGAGUUUUAUUGAAUGGAAAACUAAGAAAUACGACAUUAAAGAGGUUUUCAGUUACUUCUGACAUGAUCUCAAUAGAAAAUGAAUGGAUAAUGAACCAUGUUGUCUGAUAAACAGAGCAAAGUGAGUCUGAUCACCAGGAAUGGCUCCAGAAACCCAGAAAUGGAAAACUGCAUUUGUUGAAUAUGCUUUAAUUAGGCUUGGGGCAAUUCUAACUAAAAAAUAAACAACAAAAAACCAGGUUAGGAAUCAUCAUUUCAUAGUUGAUAUAGGUGGACCUAUACUUUUGAAACACAGAAAAUAGCCAAUUUUCAAUUUUUCUCAAAUAUAAAAUCAAAAACAUGUUCAAGUAGGAUAAAAUUCUGUAAACAUACCUAAUUUUACGUACUUUUUUCGAAAAAAUGAAGGGCUACAACUUGAAAAUUAUUUUUACGAUCAUUUUGAGACAUUUCAGGGGUGGACCUAUACUUGUGAAACGCACUGUAUAUUUACAGACUCCAGAGGGAUUGGUUUAUAUUAUUAUUGCACUCAUCUAUUGUCCAAAUGGAGCCGGCUGCCUUCUUGUACCAUUUAUUCUCUUUAUCACCAUCAGAGCACUCAAGGAAAAACAAAUAUAUGUAAUACACGAGAAUAAAUGUCUAACAAUUUGUGGUGCUAUUGUGGGAACUGUUUUCUGCGUGUACUUGUUUGGUGGAGAAGCAUAUAUUUAUAUUGUUGAUUCACAAAAAGAAGGUCAACAAUGCAUGCCAGAUACAGUUAGCUAUGAUAUGUUCAACUACGAUGUUUCGCAAUUUGACACCUCUGCUCCGAAAAUCAAUGUUGAGAACAUCAUGAACACCUGCAAAUCAUCACAAAGCUCAUUAUUUUCGAAUAUUGUGUCGAUUGAUAAUACGAAUGACUUGCAAAAUUACAAGGAUGAAGUUAUCGCUAAAAUAUCGGAGUAUUAUAAGCUUUGGGUUAAGCUCAAUUCACCUAUUUUAUCUUCAAUGCUAACAAGGCUGAAGGAAAACUCAGAUCAUCUCGGGAAGUUGCCAGACAAUUGCAUGGAUGUUACAGAAAGAAACGGAUUCAAGAAGAAAUUCGAUGAAUUUGCAAAAACUUUGAAAGAUUUUUCUGACAAAGAAAGUGCUUUUAAAGAGUCUAUAAGAUCACCAAGAGACUUUGAAGAAGUUAAAACAUUCUUUCAAAACAUGGACGAUGGACAGAUCAAAUUGAAUGACUUAAAAUCGAAAAUAAACGUAAGUUGAAAAAAAAAACGAAAAAACAGAUAACCUCAAAUAAAUAACGAAAUAUUUUCAGAUCCAUGCAAAAGCCCACGAUCACAAAUGCUUGCCAGUCAAAGAAAUAUCCGAAAAGGCGGCAAAUCAUCAAUGUGCUCAAAAAGCAAUCAUAAUGGAUUCUGCAAAAACCAUUCCAAUUUUUGUCAUGUCUUCAUCAAUCUGUUGGACAAUUGCUCUUAUCAUUAUGCUUCUGAUGAUCUUCUUCUUCAGCCGUUUACAUUCACGUGCCAACAAUUUGCAGACCGCCAGAUCGCUUCCUUCCGAUCUCGGUAAGUUAUCACACAAAUAGUAGCUCUUUGAUUUUCAACAUCAAUUUGUUUUGUUUUGUAGGAUUUGAUGAGCAUCGGAAUCUUCUGAAGUGGUUCAAAAUUUUGCAGUCUACCGUGAGUUUUGUCUCAAAUGUUAAGAAGAGUCUGUUAGAAAAAACGUCCCAUUGUAUUUCUGACGGACUCUUGUUUACUUUCAUAGGGCCCUGAUAUUCAGUUUGAACCAAUUCUAAUUGCAGGAAUUGGCAACGCUCGGAAAACACUUCGAUGAUAAUUUGUUCAACUUCAAGAACGAAACAGCCAAAAUGGAAGCGUUUAACCUCAAGAAGAAUAGACCACUAAGUCGUCAUGGUAUUCCAUGUUUUGACGAAACGCGUGUUGUGCUCAAAAACCGAAAACACGAUUUUAUCCAUGCAAACUGGGUGAAUUUCCAAAACUCGCCGAGAAGAUAUAUUUGCACACAGGGACCAAUUGACCGAAGUGAGCCAAAAAGAAAGGAAACAUAUGAUGACUUUUGGACAAUGUGUUACCAACAAAAUGUCAAAUGUAUUGUCAUGCUGUGUUGCCAGAAUGAAGAAGCAAAAACAAAAUGUGGCAAAUAUUAUCCAGAAAAGGAAAAAUCGGUUCUGGAAUUGGAUAACAUGAAAGUUGUGUGUAAAAAAAUAUCAACUCCAUUUGAAUCUAUUGUUUUGAGAGAACUUGAGGUAUCGGAGAAGAACAGCAAGAAAACACCGAUCGUCAUCCAUCAUUAUCACGUGAUGUGGUGGCCAGAUCAUGGUGUUCCAGAUGAUGCCGCACAAGUUAUCGAUUUGCUUGAUUCGGUUCACAAAAUCAAUAAAGACAUAUCUCCAAUUGUCGUUCAUUGUAGUGCAGGUGUUGGACGAACUGGAACUCUUGUUUGUAUUGAUUAUGCAAUUGAACAAAUCAAAAAGAACGACAAAGUCAUAAUUGAAGAUUGCUUCAAAUAUGUUCGAUGGAGACGUUCCCACGCUGUUCAAGAUCGCAUCCAAUAUUUGUUCAUAUUCACGGCUGUUGUCAAAUUUUGCAUUAUAGUGAGUUUGAAUUAUUCUGGGUUGGAUUUGCGCUUGUCGUGUUUAUUGUCGAAAUUGAAAAAUGUGGCAGCCGUAAAUAAUAAAGCCCUGUGAAGAGCUGAAUAAAUGACAAAUGUCAGUCGCGUGCGGCUGUGCGUCGCGGUCGGGAAACAAAGGAAAAAUGGAUUAUUGAUCCGACCGUUUUUCGACCGCAACGCACAGCUGCUCACGACUGCCGAAGUAACGAGUUUGUCAUUCAUUCAGCUAUGCACUGGUUUUUAUUUUUUACGGCUGCCACAUUUUUUAACUUCGACAAUACAAUCUCGUUUUGUUUACAGAAAAAGGUUGCAACGGAGGUUGAAGCAGAGAAGUUUUUCAAACAGUAUGACGAUGCAAGAAAAGUGGCUAAAGCAGAGGCGGAUGCGGCGGAUAAAAAAGCCAAGGAAGAUGCGAAAAAAGAAGCGGAAGAAGAGGCGAAGAAAGAAGCGGAGCUAAAAGAGGCGAAGAAGAAAGCGGAGCCAAAAGAGGCGAAGAAAAAGUGA